GCGGCCGCGCCCCGAUAACAGGAAGUGCGUCAUCAACGACCGGAAGUGCGGCGGAGACCAUCAGGGCGGCGACCGUAGACAUAACGGGACCGGGACAAGCGGAAGUGCUGAGGUUGUAUCUGUGCGGAGAAUGAUCGGCGUCCUUCAGAUACCCCAGUUUUCCAGUAACGAUGUCCGGACCGUUGACUGAGAAGACCCCCAUGUCCGGCCUCACCCUCAGCCUCCUCACCUCCCACAAUGACCUCCUGUCUUCAAAGAGUCGUCAGAUCUAUGCCCACACUGACCUGCAGAGUGCCAUGGGCUUGGUGAGCGCAGAACUGGGCUGCGGGGCCCCAUCAGACCGCACCAACCCAAAAUGGCUGAAAGAAGGCCAGAACCACCUACGUAAGGCGGCAGAGCACGAGAAAGAAGAUCAGAAUUGCAACCCAAAUCCGGAGCGAACCAACAAGGACUGGACCAACCGGAACCAAGAGAAGGACGAGAAGAGGACGGAGGAACUGGAGGUGUCGGCGCUCAACUGCGUCAACCGCAGCAGCAUAAACCUGUCCCCUCUGCUCAUCCAAGACGGAGAAGAGGAUGAUGAAGAUGACCUGACCCCGGCCCAGAGUGAAGUAACCGACCCUAUCACCACCGAGACCUCUGAGCUCAGCUCAGAAUUGGCGCAGGACAACGGGAAGGCCAGAGAGACCGGACGCAGCGCCAGCCUCCUCUUCGGCAUGAGGAACACCGGAGGAAGCGAUGAGGAUUCCAGCUGGGCCACCCUGUCCCAAGGAAGCCCGUCCUAUGGUUCCCCUGACGACACAGAUUGCUUCUGGCCACGGAACGCCCUGGAUGUGGACUCUGAUCUGCCCUCGGGGUGGAUGCGGGUGCAGGACACCUCAGGAACCUACUACUGGCACGUACCUACUGGGACCACACAAUGGGAGCCGCCCUCAGAUCUGGGCAGUGGAGAGCCAAAGAUAUACUCGCCCUCCACCGAGCAGAUGCCCACAGAGGAGGAAAUCUCACAGGAGGAGAUGGCGGACUACAGCGAGGCCGAAGAGGUGACCUUCCACAUCAACACCCUGAGCCUAAGCUCUAUUGACUCUUCAGAAGAAAAGGGGCCACAUCUGCCCUCUGAUUCAGGGCCCCAGAGGUUCCCGGUUUGCUCCCUUGGUUGGGUGGAGAUGACGGAGGAGGACUUGGCCCCGGGCCGCAGCAGUGUGGCCGUGAAUAGCUGCAUCCGACAAUUAUCUGUUCACAACCAGAGUCUGACACAGGGGAAGGAGAUGCUUCUGGUGCUGGAUGAGGACUCUCUGAAGCUCUACGACUCCUCCGGGCAGACAUUACUGCACUCGCAGCCCAUCGUCAGUAUCCGGGUGUGGGGUGUGGGCAGAGAUGAUGGCAGGGAUUUCGCCUACGUGGCCAGAGACAAGCUGACGCAGCUACUGAAGUGUCACGUGUUCCAAUGCGCGAUGCCGGCCAAGGCUAUAGCGACGGGUCUGCACGCCGUCUGCUCCCGGAUAAUGGCUGAAAGGCGGACAACACGAUCCCUCAUGGACAGCCUGUUCCUGGACCAGUCCCGGCUGGUGGACGUCCCUUUCCAAGUGGAGUUUCCAGCCCCAAAGAAUGAGCUUGUCCAGGGCUUCCAGGUCUUCUACUUGGGAAACGUCUCCGUAGCUAAACCUGUGGGAAUGGACGUGAUAAACAACACUCUGCUGACUGCUGUGAACACCGACCGCACCAACUGGACCCCAGUCACUGUUAAUGUGGCCUCAGCUACUGUGACGGUCUUGCAUCAACAGACGGAGGAGACGCUCAGUGAGUGCCGCGUUCGCUUUCUGUCCUUUAUGGGGGUUGGACGUGAUGUUCACACUUUUGCUUUCAUCAUGGCGGAGGCCCCGGGAAUCUUCAUCUGUCACAUGUUCUGGUGUGAACCCAACGCUGCUCAUCUGUCCGAGGCCGUCCAGGCCGCCUGCAUGCUGCGAUAUCAGAAGUGCUUGGAUGCGCGACCUCAGACCAUCUCCUGCCUCCCCGCCCCUCCCGACUCCGUUGCCCGCCGGGUUGGCUCCAGUGUCCGAAGAGGAGUGCAGUCCCUUUUUGGCUCCUUUAAGCCCAAGCGUCCUGGGGGGCAGAUACCUUGACUUUGCGGUGACAUCUGCCCCUGGCUCUACACUGUUUGCCCCUCUCUCUGAUUUAUCCAACAGACCUGGGUGCAGCAUGUACGUCCAUUAGUCUUGUUUCUCGCUAAUUGUAAGGGCAGAAUAGACACUACAGUGAUUGGGUUACCUCUGGAAUACUGGGACCCUUUAUGAGGCCUUAUGAAGAGCAAUAAGGCAAUGGGAAGCAGCCAGGGGAUUGUGGUCCUUUGGCAGCCCCUUCCUCCCCGCUCCUUCGGGAGGUUGUUUUCGUGCUUGUUUAGAUAAUGUGUCUUUGUGGUGUAACGUCUAACACAUUAAUAAUAUCAGUCGCGUGUAGCCGUAAUAAUCCUGGACGUGUUCUAAACUGUUCCCACAUGACAUCCUCUGGACGGAUCACUAGACCUUGUGAUCUUGAAGCACGGCGUCCGCCUUCCAUUGUUUUCUGUUUUCGUGCCGGCCUCUCGACUGGAGAACGGUCUUUGUUCUGGUUGAUGGCUCGGAGACUUGGGUGGUCGUCUGGGGGGCCCGAUGACUUAUGCCGCCUCUUACGGUCAGCUGGCUAUGUGGACCAGAACAGUGGCUGCUCUCACUGAGCAGUUCAGAGGCCAGUAAUAUAACAGGUAUCAGUGGUGGCCGAUCCCAUUAACCUACCAUCCUCGACUACUGUCAGUCACAGCGAUCCCGGACAAACCCCCAACUGGUGCUGAACCACCAUAGAACCAUUGACAUCCACAUCAAGUCGGUUAGUGGUGCCGCCAUCCCUCUCUGUGAUUGGUGUGACCCCUAAGGUGGAUACCCCCAUCUAUUGUUUAUGGGCUGACAGUAGGUGCUUUGGACCUUGGUCCAGUUAACACUCCCGGUGUGCGCUCAUCUCACUAUGAUUGUUGGAUAACACAGCACUAGAUCAUGUCUCUGCUGCUCUCUGUGUGAUAACACUAUACUUGAUGAAUGGACAACUGUUUGCUGAUCAUCUCUUUUUGCAUGUUCCGUGGAGCGGUGUGUGUGCGGGGUCACAUGGAUUGUAGCAGGACAUGUCUUCUUCAGGUCAGGACUGGGCGAUGUGUCCACAAUUGUUGUUCUAUAUCUCUAGCAUUUGGCAGAGAGUAGAGUUUAUUGCUGGCUCUGAGAUCCCAUAAUGUUCUUUACGGUUGUAUUUAUUGUACUUUAUUUUCUUUGUAUAAUUUAAUAUGUUUUGAUAUUGAUUGAUUUUUUUUUUGGGACGCAGCCAUGAAUCCUGACCUGAUUUUUGAGAAGUUUUGUUCCUGCUGAUAGUCUUUCCACUGUGUAUGUGAGAUGUCACGCUGCAUACGGUGAUGAUACGUGUGAUCUUAUCAGUGCUCCCUGCGGAGUGUGGACAUAAGUACGUGGCUAUGUGUGACCUGCUGUUCAUGGAACUCGUAUUGUGUGACUGGUUUAUGUGACCAGCUUUACCAGUUUUAUGGCUGCGGUAUGGAAUGAGUUAAUAGAACAAGCUUGUGUAUGAGUGUUCUGUGGAGUCCCCGGAUCAUGCACCUGUGCAUCAUCUGAACCCUGCGGUGUCCUCACAACAUGCACCUGUGCAUCAUCUGAACCCUGCGGUGUCCUCACAACAUGCACCUGUGCAUCAUCUGAACCCUGCGGUGUCCUCACAACAUGCACCUGUGCA